GCGUACAGGAUACAAGACACAGGAACUACGGCAUGAGGAUCAUUACUAUUUGGCGGAGCAACGAAGAUCAUCCAUAGACAGAGAGACGUACGGGCGCCUAUGCCGUCCGUAACUCCCCCAGCUAUUGCCGCGCUCUGUUCACGCCAAGUACGUAGUGGCAACCUGCUGUGGUUCCGUUGUUAAAUCAAAAGAAGGCAGUUGGCGGACGGACUACUGUUUGCCGCUCUCCAAGUGAGUCCCGUGUAAAGCUCGAAGGCAUUUUCGUGUCAUUCUGCAGUGGUCCUCAUAGCCGCAACGUUCUGGCCUGACCCAUCAGGAGCCAGCACGCACCCGUCGCCCGUGUAUUCUUUCUUUCGCAUGAGGCUAACGAUGAGGGUCGCUGCCUUCGGCUGUGCCCAGCUGCUCAUAGUGAUUACAUUCUCUACAGCAUCUCGGCAAGAACAUGAAUCCGUACGGCUAACGCGACUUGGACCGUAUGGGCUACUACAAAGCCCGGUCCAGGGCUACCAGUCGAUCUUAAACUCGUUUGAUAUCCGAACAAACACAAUAAUCCGUACAAAUGAUUCAUUGCGCGCCGGUGCCAAGUAUCUAAGCGAGAGACAGCUUCGAAACAGCGGAGAGUGCUCACUCUACUGUUGGGAGGUGCCAUCCUGCAAUGUUGCAGUAUUUGAGGAGAAGAGCAACGGAGGUUGUUACGUAUUCGAUUGUGGAGCGCCGGAAAACUUCGCGUGUCAAUUCACAACGCAUGACGCCUACACUGUUUUACUGUUAAGUACGAGGUCACAGCAUGAAAGCGAGCUGGUGUCGCUAAAGCACGUGGGUCAUGGACACGGAGAGGUCCAAGAUGAACGUUCUAAGACAGCACAACGCCCGCCCCAACUUGGCUCAGCAACGCCGACGAGUUCGCCCAGUUCAUCGACGUCAACAAGCAGCGGCAGUACUACCGCUACGACAACAACUUCAGUAACAACCUCGCCGACGACAACAACGUCGACGCGAAAGCCAGAAGCUGCACGCUGUGUUGAGCACCAAUUUCGAUGCUUAAACAGCUCAGAAUGUAUCGCUAUCUACGACGUGUGCAACGGCAUACCGCAGUGUGCAGAUGGAAGCGAUGAAGCCGAAACUCUCGACUGCCAUUCUCGGGAUAGGCAGCGGAUGCUAAAACAACCGGUAGAACUCACUGAUAAUCAAAUCUACGAGAUCGUACGCCCACUGCAGGAAAAAUUGCAAGAGAAAGAGGAGGCUGUUUAUCGCCACCCGGGCGUUUACGAGGAAACCCAUCAGAGAAAGUACCCACCGUAUCGAGGUGACAUUUACAGAGGCAAUCAGGCGGUUGAUUAUAAUGAUGUGUACCCAAGUAGGCGUUUCUCAACGGGUCUGUUCUCUCAGCAGCAAGACUUUCAGCCCAGCCGCUACGAGGAUGGCCAGGCAGGCAUUAGUGGUGGUAACAGCUACGGAGGAGGAUCUGCGUCAGGCGGGAUUUAUCAUAGUGCGACCGCUAUGCAACGGGGUUACGACAACGCUCCGGAUUUCCCGACAAACUAUUACCCUUACGCUAGAGAUCGAGGUUCAGCAUACGGAGGUAAUAUACUGGGCGGCUUACCUGGUGAUCAAGGAGAAAAAGGUCUCGGUAGUCUCGACAGUAAAGCAAGUUUAUUCGGGGCUCCGCGUUAUGCGCCCGGUGGAGCUAGCCUCACCCAGCAACAGAAGUCUGAAAAACAACUUCAGAUGGCCAAGGCGGUAAACACGAACAUUGUAAGAGAGCCAUUAUCGUCGUUGGAGCAGGCGAAAUCUACCCAGAGAACUGAAGGCGGAUCACCACCGGGGGGUACUGCUGGCGGAAGUUCAGAGGCUAAACCUCGUCGACGGCCAGGUAAAUUUAUGGACGAGGCUUCACCUCCACCCCGAGCUGCUGGGGGUCCUCAGCCAGCUACAUCAUCCGGAACGGUACGAGAAAAUGCGGCGACAAGCAAGCCUGAACCGGGACCGCCCGCGAAACAGAUUGGUAACAUGGCCAACAUGCAUAUUUCAGUUACGCAGGUAGAGACGAAAAAUACGUCUUCAACCACAUCCGGUGCUGUGGUGGGACUCGCGCUAGGAGUCUGCAUGAGCACCCUAUUCCUGCUCGUCGUAGGAUGCCGGCUAAACAUGCGUCGACGGCUUUCACGAUGGCGACGUGGAGGCAGCAAAAAAGGGCUAAGUCUAUUGGCUCCUGAAGACGAUGAAGAUUAUCUUGUAAACGGCAUGUACUUAUAAGGAUGAAGUUAACCGAAAAUGACAGAAAACGACGGAACAAUAAAGAAAAGAGGAAACCGCUAAUUUUAUGGAUAAGGUAAACAAACAACUGGACCGCACUCCGCAACUCGUCCUGAGUGACUUGUGACAACAGCUUGCUGCAGAUAUUCUCCAUAUGAUUUUGAGAGUGUCGUACAGAAUCAAUCCGUACACAGCGACCUAGAAACAGAGCCAACAAGGGCAGGAAGCCGCCAAUACCAUUGGCUUAAACAGCACAUCAUAGUCGGUCCGAAAACACUGUCUCUAGCUUUAAAAAGCUACGAAAAGUCUAAGAAAAAGGUAUAGCUUCUUCACAAACGAUCUAGGCGCCCUCUGUAUCUGUGCACUAUCUGCUCAGGAAUUCGCUUUCUGCCUUUAUAAAGCAACGACGAGUCGAUAACAACAAAAACAACUUCGAGUAGAAGAGAAGAAGAGGCAAACGAUGAACCAGUACUGUUUUUCGUGCAAAUCGGGCCAUUGUAUUCGAAAACUUCCCAAGCCGGGAGAGUGAAAAGUGGCCAUUAACAACUGGGCAGUUUUUAAUGUACAUACAUUCCGAUGCUGUGGUGACAUUGUAAUAUGGUAUUCCUAUAACAUAGUUAUUAUUCCUCAUUAUUAUCAUGGGGUAUUCGUUUUCAACCGACGAUCGCUUCGUCUCUAACUUCGGCUGCUAACUAAAGAAUUAUUGAAUUUACCAUGCAACGUCCUGACACUCUGGCCUCGUCCUGUCACUUACGUAUAACGAAGGCAUUCACUGUCAGGUUUCUUCCUUCACCAUCGAGGGGAAAAUAGCUAAAAUGUUGGACGAAGGGCAGACUUGAAAUGUUUGUUGUUUUGGCGAAGGCCAAACGAGUGGUGUUUCUUCUUAACAAGCUGCUGAGAACACAAUCAUCAUAUGAUGAUGAUUACGAUUAGUGGAAUUACUCUAAAAAACUACUCCUAUUAUAUGUAAUGCUACAGUCUUGUUGAGUAUGGUUAGAUGAAGCUAUUGCUCGUCGCAUGGUUAAAUAGAAAAAAAAAAUCAAAGAGUGGUUUCGUUUGGUGCGACAUAGCGAUACACAUGUAUAUGGUAAAAAAGCAAGAACACAUAAAAACAAGUCACAUUGAUGGCAGUGGUAAUAUCCUGUUCACUUUGUACAUAAACAAAUAAAAAUAUAAGAAAAAAGCAAAACGAAAAGAAGAAUGAUCGUGAACAUAACGACUCAUAUAUUGAUCACGGGGAUGAUUAGUAACGAUGAAGCUGAUAUAUUAAUAAAUAGAGCGAACAAUGAACAGAAACCAUGGUCACGUUCUCGUUUCUGGCGUGAAACGAGGAAUAGUCAAAUUAAGAAGAGACUUUAUAGUAAGCUCUGAAGUGCUAAAAAUAUCGCCGAAUAAUAUAAGAUCCCUUUCUAUGCAACAAAAAACAAGGAUUCGGAAGAAACUAUAUUCAAUCGAUUUUUAUUAUGGAAAGUAACUGAAAAUUAGUUAGGUAAAAUUACUAAUGAAUAUGGCAAUGACAAAAGGAUGAUGGUUUCCACGUUACAACAAUGGCCAACCAUAAGUACGAAAAGGCUUAUUCCCAUUAUCUUAAGACGUUUUAUCGAUACGUAUUAUAGUAAUAAAGAUGGAUAUUUUACACUUAUGUCACUAUUAACAGUCCUCGUUUUAUCUUCAUACAAUAUAACGUGUUCAAGGUUGUUGAAAGUAUGCGUUCUGCCUCCAAGAAACAUCAAUUUUGUCAUCGCGAAAAUUUCGUCCAAAAAUCUCAAUUUGCAUUUUCCAACCUCCUUCUUAUGCAAUCAAAAGUGAGGAUUAAAAAAAUUGACAGAGAUAAGUUAACUAAUAUCAAUAAUAGUUGUUAAUAGAGAUAAGUCAGUUGGCAGAAUAUGUUUCUUUUUUUUUCCAAAAAAUGUGUAGCAUUUGCUACUCAAGUUACGUUUAAACAUGCUUUCGUAGAAAAACGGCUAAUUUUUUUCUGGUACCUGUCGCGUCUGCCAUUGGACUCCAAACAACGCCACUAUCAGCAGCAGGACUUUCGCCUUUAAUUUAAAUAGCUCUCAGAUUACCUGUCAUGAAUUCUGUGUAUUGCUACCUAAACAUCAGUGGUGGCCUAAGAAGGCCGUUUCAACCAAGUCACUUUCACUUAAGUCAUAGUUCGGAUUUCCCUUUCGCGUUUGUGCAAACAAAUAGUCCAAUGAUGCACGCCGUUCUGUUAACUACUGGAUAGAAGUAGUAAAUUAUUGUUUGUGUUAGUGUAUGCCAUCGGCGCAUGCACAGAUUUCGCAGAUGUUUCUACGAGAUAUCGUCGGUGCUUCAAUCUAAGUCAACAGCUAUAUCAUUAAAGGCCGUACUUCCGUAAUUAGCGGCAAUAUCUGAUUCUGCACAAUGUGCACCCCUAAGGUAUAAUAGUUUUUUUUACUCAGUCAAAAUUAAGGCAAGUGAACCUAACUAUUGAGUGAGUCGUACCUUCACUGACAAACUCAUUAGUAUAACUCUAAAAAUUGUUUUAAAAAAAAAUGCUUUUGCUAAUGCGCCUGUCAACACAUGAAUAUAUAUGCAUGAACAAUGGACUGAUUUUUUGUAGUAUUAGCUAGGGAAAUAGGUCUCUAUAUUUAUUGGUAUAUAGGUAUGUUGGCAUUAACGUUCGUCGUCAGUGAACUACUCAUUCCGUCUUCAAAAUGUACAUUGCCCUUAUCCAAAUGUCAGCAGAAGUGUACCAUUCAACGACUGAACGCUGGUUGAUACGUGAGUCAACGUUUAUGGCGUUACCGAUCCCCAAUCAUGGUAAUACUAACAGAACAACUUGUAAAUCCGCCUGCCCAGUUAGUUCCCGCAGUACCCGCUUGUUUCCUUCAUCGUCAUCGCGGCACCUUAACGCUCCCGUAUACGUGAACCAUUCCAUUGACUACUGAUGUAAUCACUGCUCCUGCCGCCGAGAUAUCUCGAUCCGAAGAGCUGCCCGAGAGGAAAAG